AUGUGCUUUAAAGGACGAUGCGUUGCUAACUUUGAUGUUUGCAACUCCGUAACAAACCGCUGCUCCAACAACUGCAGCACCUACAAACCGCUGCUCCAACAACCGCUGCUCCAAACAACCGCCGCUCCAACAACCGCCGCUCCAACAACCGCCGCUCCAACAACCGCCGCUCCAACAACCGCCGCUCCAACAACCGCUGCUCCAACAACCGCUGUUCCAACAACCGCCGCUCCAACAACCGCCGCUCCAACAACCGCCGCUCCAACAACCGCCGCUCCAACAACCGCCGCCCAAACACCGCUGCUCAACAACCGCCGCUCCAACAACCGCCGCCCAACAACCGCUCGCUCCAACAACCGCCUCCCACAACCGCCGCUCCAACACCCGCUGGUCCAACAACCGCUGCUCCCACAACUGCUGCUCCCACAACCGCUGCUCCCACAACCGCCGCUCCAACAACCGCCGCUCCAACAACCGCUGCUCCAACAACCGCGUGUCCAACAACCGCCGCUCCAACAACAACCGCCGCUCCAACAACCGCCGCUCCAACAACCGCCGCUCCAACAACCGCCGCUCCAACAACCCGCUGCUCCAACAACCGCCGCUCCAACAACCGCUGCUCCAACAACCGCCGCUCCAACAACCGCCGCUCCCACAACGCCGCUCCAACACCGCUGGUCCAACAACCGCUGCUCCCACAACUGCUGCUCCCACAACCGCUGCUCCCACAACCGCUGCUCCAACACCCACUGCUCCAUGUGA